CACAACAGCUCUGCUCCGUGAAGCAAGAAGCAUGAAUACCCUGACUUCUGUGGAGGCUGCAUCGCUGUAAAUGCUGUGUGGCCACUUCAGUCGCCAGAUUUCUACUUUAAUUGUUACCCAGAAAUGAUUUGAUAAAAACAGCUGCAUUGAACGUUUUCGCAUAAUAAACACUGAACAAACAGUCUCUAUCUUGGUUUACAUCAUAUCGCUCAACAUCAGUGGACAGUCACCAUGUGGAUCUCUGUGUGUCUGAUCAGCUCUUUCCUUCAUAUCACUGCAGGCUGCACUAUAUUAGUCAUUAACUAUGGUAAGAUCACUGUCUACUCAGGCCAGUCUGUUCUCCUGCCCUGCUCCUGUAGUAAAACCCAGGCUAAACCUCCCAGCUUCACAUGGACUAAACUCAGAGGUCAACAUUCACCUGUGAUAAUAUCACCCCGGAGUGAUCUGUACAGAGGCAGAGUGGAGAGGUUUAAUAGCACCUCUCCUGGGAACCUCUCUGUCCUCCUCUCACACGUCACCGAGGACGAUCAGGGGUGGUACAGGUGCCAAAUCAGCCGUGAAAAAUACAGCGACGUCGAACUCACUGUUGAAGGCUGCACUCUGUCAGAACCUCGAUCAAGGGUGGUCAAUGGAUCCCCAGGCCAGUCUGUUCUCCUGCCCUGCUCCUGUAGUAAAACCCAGGCUAAACCUCCCAGCUUCACAUGGACUAAACUCAGAGGUCAACAUUCACCUGAGAUAAUAUCACCCCGGAGUGAUCUGUACAGAGGCAGAGUGGAGAGGUUUAAUAGCACCUCUCCUGGGAACCUCUCUGUCCUCCUCUCACACGUCACCGAGGACGAUCAGGGGUGGUACAGGUGCCAAAUCAGCCUUGAAAAAUACAGAGACGUCGAACUCACUGUUGAAGGGAAAUACCAUCCCCUCACAACCACUACCACCAAACAUCCACCAUUAACUCAACCAAAUGGACUAGACAUUACAACAUUCCUAAUACCAACAACGUCACCUAAAGGGGCAGACACAGUGGGGACUUCAGAAGAAGAUCCAUCUGCUUCCCUUCAACAAUACAAUACAAUCCAAUACACCUUGUUGGCUGUUCUACCAGUCAUACUGAUCAUCACUGGAGUGGCUUGGUACAUAUACAAGAGAAACAAAGAAAAGAAAAACGCAGGAGAGAAAAGUAGUGGGAGCAAAACAGAAGGAGAGAAAAAGGAUGAUCCCUCUGUAAUGUAUGAUACGGUUCAAGAACCCAGAAACAACAACCAAGAGGAGACAACAACACCCCUCAGUGCUCCAGAGGAUCCCUCAGUGACAUACUCCACCAUCGUCUACAUGAAAGGAAAAAGGAACGCAGCAGUGAGUCUGGAGAGCGGUGGAAAUACAGAGUAUGCCACUAUCAAGACAGGCACGUUCUCCUAGAGCCACUGUACUGUAUGGCCUACUGUCAUCUCACAGCCUUUUCCUGCAGAGUGAUCUCAUAUUGGGCCCAGUAUCAAGAGGUUUGAUCUGGCACACAUGACUACAAAUAUAUUUCACUCUCUACUAAGACAUGUUAAGUGGUUAUCACAGGAAAUCAGAUGUUAACCUACAACCAAAAUAAUAAAGUCCCAGAGAUAUAGGCAAGAUGAUUGGUGAAGCAAUAAGAUACCAUUUUUGUGUAGCUGAGACAACCAAAGCACCUUAUAUGGCUUAAAGUUCAGCUAGUUCUCUUUUUAUAUCGUUGUUGUGCAUUUAUUUUUAAAUAUGUGAACUUUUUGAAAUAGAGACGGAUGCUUUCAGACAUGUUUGAGAAAAAGGAAAAUGUGGUUUGAUGUGUCAAAGCAAAAAAACACAUUUCACAAUCAGUUUUGCAAGAGGUUGCUUGGGUGGCUAUCAUCCAUCUUAAUUUUGUAAGGGGUGCGUGACUGGCUGCAGGGAAGUCAGGCGCAGGAGAGCAGAACUGGGUAAAACCCGAAGCAGUUUAAUAUGAAGAAAAAAAACAGAGGGUUGUAUACACGACAAGUAAUGAGGGAAUGUAAACAGGUGUGUGGAAAAACAAGACAAAACAAAUGGAAAAUGAAAGGUGGAUCGGCGAUGGCUAGAAGACCGGUGACGUCGACCGCCGAACGCCGCCCGAACAAGGUGAGGAACCGACUUCGGCGGAAGUCGUGACAAUGUAUAUACUGUACUUCUUAUUUUUCUGCCAAGAAGCUGGUACACGCUGAGCAUUUCAUCAUUCUCGAAGUUGACAAAAAAAAUGUAAAGGAUACACAUGUUUUUAGUCAGAAUUUGUCACAGAAAACAACCUCUACCUAAUGUCAGAAUUUUGUCACAGACAACAAUCUUUGUGAAAACAACCUCAAACUUUUGUCAAAUUCUGUUAGUUAGCUACAGUAUUUCCUCUUUCGUGUAAUGGACAAAUCACACAUUGUUGUCUUUCUGAACAGGGAAAGCAGUCUAACAAUGUCAUCAACUGAAGCAUUCACUUUUGGAGUGCACAACUAACAAGGAAUUACAUGUUUUAGUGUGUUGUUUCCAGGUCUUCCAAUCAUGACUGUAAAUACACUGAACAAAAAUAUAUACGCAACAUCUAAAGUGUUGAUCCUACAGUAUGUUUCAUGAGCUGAAAUAAAAGAUCACAGAAAUGUUCCAUACGCACAAAAAGCUUAUUUCUCUCCCAGGCCCACCCAUGCCUGUACCCCUGCCCAGUCAUGUGAAAUCCAUAGAUUAGGGCCUAAUUUAUUUAUUUAAAUUGACUGAUUUCCUUAUAUGAACUGUAACUCAGUAAAAUCUUUGAAAUUGUUGCAUGUUGCAUUUAUAUUUUUGCUCAGCAUACAUAUGAGAACACAGAGAUCCGGACCUCUGUAAUUUUAUCUAAUUUGACAAAUAAAUGAAUAACGCAAAUGUAUAUUUUGUACACAAUAAAGAGAAUAAAUGAUGGGUCAA